AUGUUCGAGCCAGAACAUCGUGAAAGCAGAUGUCAGGAUUCGUAUGUGUCAUUGAACCAUGACGGUGUUGAAGAGAUACGUGCUAAGGCUGUUCAUAUCGCUGAGAGGUCGAGGGCAGAGAGGUCGAGGGAAGGAAAGAUAACGCUCUUGCUCUCGUCCCGGUUUAUCGAAAUUGCUACAUCUCAGCCUUGCCCGAAGCUUUUGGGAACUCGAUUUUCUUCGCGGACGAGGAGGUGGUCCAGGAAACUAGAGACGGCGAGUUGCGUGUACGGCAGAGACACCAAGGGCGAGUUCUUCAAUCAUCCUCCCCUAGGCGAGACCGCGAAAGAGAAAACUGCCGCCACUCCGGCCUUUGAAAGAUUGGUGCCAGCCUGCAAAGCAAGGCAUAUUCAACAGUCAUUUAAAACUUGUAGCCAGCUUUUCUCGCUUGGUCCCAUCUCAUUUGUGGAAGACAUUUUCAAAAAGAGCCCAAGAUCGGACGUCUAUUUGUGGAAUACUAUGGUAUCUGCUUUUGUUCGACGUGGUCACUUCCAUAAAGCGGUAGACUGUUUCCACCAGUUUCUACUGACCUCUGGUGUGCGACCUGAUUUCUAUACCUUCCCUCCAGUGCUGAAAGCCUGCAGAAAUCUAUUUGAUGGAAUGAAGGUUCAUUGCUCCAUCUUGAAGCUUGGCUUUGAGUGGGAUGUCUUUGUGGCUGCUUCCUUAAUACACUUGUAUUCAAGGUUUGGGGUUGUGGAAGGUGCUUGCAGAUUGUUUCACAAUAUGCCAUACAGAGAUAGUGGUUCAUGGAAUGCCAUGAUUUCUGGAUAUUGCCUGAAUGGAAAUGCAGCAAAUGCAUUGGAACUUGCAGAUGCCAUGAGAUUAGAGGGGGAGAAGAUGGAUGCUAUUACCGUCGCUAGUACUCUUCCUGCAUGUGUACAGAUGAAUGAUGUUGUAGGAGGGAAGUUGAUGCAUUUGUAUGCCGUCAAGCAUGGCUUGGAGCUCAAUUUGUUUGUCUCCAAUGCAUUAAUCGACAUGUAUGGAAAAUUUGGCAGGUUAGGUGAUGCAAGGAGAGUUUUUGAGCAGAUGGUUAUCAAAGAUAUUGUCUCAUGGAAUUCUAUAAUUGCUGCAUAUGAACAACAUGGUGAACCCAUCGAUGCUCGUUUACUAUUUGACAAUAUGCAACAAUUGGGAAUCCAACCUGAUGCAUUUACACUUGUUAGUUUGGCUUCUACUGUUUCUCAAUUGAGUGAUCACAGGAGUGGCAGGUCCCUACAUGGAUUUUUACUCAGGAAGGGAUAUUUUUCCGAUGCUGUUAUUACUGGAAAUGCAGUGGUGGACAUGUAUGCCAAAAUGGGUACCACAGAAUACGCAAGAGCUGUCUUUGAAGGACUCCCUAUUAAAGACGUGGUUACGUGGAACAGUUUAAUUACUGGUUAUGCUCAGAAUGGUUUAGCAAACGAAGCAAGCAAUAUAUUCCAUAUGAUGGAAGAGUCGAAAGAUAUAUCCCCAAGCCAAGGUACAUGGGUUAGCAUAUUACCUGCUUACUCACAGCUAGGUGCCUUGGGGCAGGGGAUGCUAAUUCAUGCUCGGGUUAUAAAAGACUCCAUGUGGUCAGAUAUUUAUGUUGGAACAUGCCUUGUUGAUCUGUAUGGAAAGUGUGGUAGAUUGGAUGAUGCUGUGUCUUUAUUUUAUGAAGUGCCUAGGCAAAGCUCUGUUCCUUGGAAUGCCAUAAUAUCUUGUCACGGAGUUCAUGGACAUGGCGAGAGAGCUCUUGAAUUCUUUCGAGAAAUGCUUGAUGGAGAAGUGAAGCCAGAUCACGUGACAUUUGUUUCUCUACUGUCAGCUUGUAGUCAUUCAGGUAUGGUAAGCGAUGGGGAGUGGUGCUUCUGUUUGAUGCAGGAAAAAUUUGGAAUUAAGCCUAUUUUGAAGCAUUACGGUUGCAUGGUAGAUUUGUAUGGCAGAGCUGGUCUCUUGGACGUGGCGUUCGAGUUUAUUAAAAGCAUGCCAAUGAAGCCUGAUGGUUCCAUCUGGGGUGCUUUGAUCAGUGCUUGCAGGAUUCAUAGGAAUGUUGAGCUGGGUAUAUAUGCUUCGGAUCGCUUGUUCGAAGUCGACUCGGAAAAUGUUGGGUACUAUGUUCUACUGUCGAAUAUGUAUGCGAACGCUGGGAAAUGGGAAGGAGUUAAUGAUGUGAGGUCUUUGGCUAGAGGAAUGGGGUUGAAGAAGACUCCCGGAUGGAGCUCGAUUGAAGUAGACAAGAAGGUCAAUGUGUUCUACACAGGGAACCAGACUCAUCCACAGUGUAAUGAAAUAUACAAGGAGCUGAAGGAAUUGUGUGAGAAAAUAAAGGCCAAGGGUUAUGUUCCCGACUUUGGUUUCGUGUUGCAGGAUGUCGAGGAUGAUGAGAAGGAGCAUAUCCUCAUGAGUCAUAGUGAGAGUCUUGCUUCAUCUAGUUGCUUCGAAGCUUUGCUAUCUGAAGUGCUGCCACUUACAGUUUUGCGCUGUUCGUUCGUAGGUGGUAGCCGAUCACUUACAUUAGAGGAAGUGGCUGGCAUACAAGAGCCAUUUGACAUGAUGGACACUACCGGAAAGGGCAGAAUUAACAUCGAUGAGCUUAAUGUUGGAUUGCACAAGCUCGGCCAACAUAUUACAGAUUCGGAUCUCCAAAUCGUUAUUGAAGCUGUGACGCUUGCCUCCUUUGAACCAGAACCUGGAGUAGCUUUCUCAACUCUCGCAGCUCAAGUGGGAGAACAAACUGCUGCUGCUUACUGCUUAGUGAAUUCAAUUGCAACCAAAGUGGGUGUGGCCACUGAAAGUAGGUGUAAGCUUGACCCUAAAAAUCCAUUGAUCCGUCCGACCCGCCCCGACCCUAAGGGUCGGGCUGGAUCCGAUUGGAUUGGAUUCGAGUUGGAGUGGGGGAAUGGCUCUGUUUUGGGGAAUGAUGCAAUGAGAAAUGGUUCAAAUGUCGCGAAUGAUAACGGAGGAUUGGAUGAAGAGGGAGACGACGAAGGUUGGGAAUUCAAGGUCGCUGAAUCCAAAGUGGAAGUUCUGGUUAUACAGAUGUUCUAUGUGUCUGUGAAUCGGCGACAGCCAGAGCAGAUGAAGAAUCGGAAUGAGCGGACUUUUCAUCUUAGUGAGCUGAACUCUAGCUGCAAUGGGGCGAAUUUUGACUUUUCUGGAUGGAAUAAGAGCACUGCUGGAGUCGAUCAGAAAGCAGAAUCAACGCUCAUUGAUUUGAGUAGUAAGAUAUCAAGUUUGUACAGUGAAAUUGAGCAAACGGUUACUGCCAGUCACUUGCAGAAUCAGGAUGGAAAUGGAUGGGGCUCCACUGAAAAUGCAUUGGCUUUCAAUUCAUCCAAUGAUGUUGCAAUUCUGGAUGAUGAUUAUUCCUGGGAGUUCAAAGAUGCCUCUGCAGCACCCAUGGCCGAGGAGGAAAAAUCCUUUCCCCAAGAUUCUACAAAAAGGCCAGCUCUUGCUGGUGAGGAUGCUGGUGCAAGUCACCUGGAUAAGGAAAUACAGGAUGUGCAUAGUGAACUGCGUGAAUACAGCACUAUUCCUGAGAUUCAUUCAGGAGAUCAGUUGCCACGAAAGAGAUAUUUCCUUGCUGUUGGGGAAAUUUACAGAGUUUCUGAAGUUGUUCCAUCCACUGCCAGGCUUUAUAAGCCAUGGAUAUUGUUAGAACAGACCGACUCCAUAUCAUUCUCCACCAUCAUGAGCGAGUGUUGUUCUCUAUGGUCAGGUCUUAAUCCCGGAGUAGUGCCAGGUAAGCAGCACGACUGCGUGCAUAUUCUAGGAUGGAUUCAGCCGAGCUGACAGCUUGGUUAUUCUCUAAUUAACUUGUCCGCCCCCAUUGUGGUUUGGGGCCCAGAACUUGAAGUGCAGAGGUCUCAUCUCCAGCAUCUUCUCAACUUGCUCAAUGGGCAGUCCUUUAGUUUCGGGAACGCAUACCAAGACGAAGAAGAAAGCAACUAG